CAGAUGCUGACUCAUGGGAGCCGCACUGUAAUCACGGCCGGCAGCGUUGUCAGCCUCUCUCAACAUCGUACUACGAGCACCAUUGCCUCGACAGUCGUCGCAAUCCCUCUCGCCAACGAUGCAAUCCCUUGAGAAACAGCAGAAGGCUAUCGACCUCUCCCACCACCUCUCUGAUGUGGCUUUGGCGCGGCAGACGUCACCGCUCAAGGGAUUGGCGCGGUUCUUCGGUCGCCCCGGGAUGAUCUCCCUCGCCGGAGGAAUGCCCAGCCCGGACUACUUCCCGUUCGCUGCCAUCUCCGGAGAUGCGCUGGUCCCCGAGUCGUUUGCGGUUACCUCCUCCCAGUCAGAGUCCUCGCUUUCGUGGCUGUGGAAGCUCUUCGGCGCGAACGGCCGCAAGGAGAAGACCAGCACUAUCACUAUCCCCAAGUACGUUGAUCGUCCGACCGAGGACAUCAACCUUGCCACUGCGCUCCAGUAUGGCAUGGCCACGGGCUUGCCGGCACUCUCGAAAUUCAUCAACGAGUUCGUAGGGAAGACCUACCAGCCGGGAUUCUCGGACUGGACCGCCCUCAUUCAGACCGGCAACACUGACGGAUGGUCGCGAGUGCUCCUCACGCUUGCCAACCCGGGCGAGAUGUUCAUUGUAGAGGACUGGACGUACCCCUCCGCCAUGGCCGUCGCCCAGCCGUAUAACAUCUCCCCUGUCGGAGUACCUAUGGACGGCCAGGGUAUGCGCAGCGACGAACUGCGCAAGCUGCUUGCUGGGUGGGACGAGGCUGCGCGUGGAGCUAAGCGGCCCCACGUUCUAUACACGGUGCCCGUUGGCCAGAACCCUACUGGUCUUACCACGAGCGUUUCCCGCAAGAAGGAGAUCUACGAUAUCUGCGUUGAAUACGAUAUCAUCAUCGUUGAGGAUGAUCCGUACUACUUCUUGCAGCUGGCGCCCUAUUCCGCGAAGUCCGCUCGGACUUCCUCCAGCGUUGGCCCCGCUGAGAGCGACAAGUGGCUCUCCGGGCUCUCACCCAGUUACCUCAAGUUCGACUACCAGGGUCGUGUCAUCCGCCUUGACACCUUCUCCAAGACCAUCGCACCCGGGUCUCGCCUCGGCUUCUUCACCUGCAACCCUCGUUUCGCGGAGAGGCUCGAGCGUGCGGGAGAGACUUCGGCACAGGCCCCGUGUGGGUUUGGCCAGUCGCUUAUUGGCCAAUUGCUCACCACAUGGCAAUUCGACGGCUACGUCAGGUGGCUUCAUGGCCUCGCUGCCCAGUACGAGGCGCGCCGUGACUUCAUCAUCGACGCGCUCGCGGAGGAGUUCAACCUCAAGCAGUCCCUGGGCACGACCGGGUCGUGGGCCGGCCUCACGGUUCUCAGCGCAUCUGCGAAGCCCCGCGGCCUCGCGGCGAUGUCGGAGAAGUUCGCGCUCGGACAGCAGCCGUACUUCAGCCUCGUGCCGCCGACCGCGGGCAUGUUCCUCUGGCUGAAGAUCCACUUCGAGAACGUGCGCGGGUUCAAGGAGGGCGACGAGGCCUCGUUGGAGCUCAAGCUCUGGACAAAGCUCGCGGAGGCGGGCGUGCUCGUCGGUCCUGGGUACUACUUCGCUACUGACGAGAGUCCGAUGGAUGCUGCUGAGGGCCAUUUCCGCAUGAGCUUCAGUCUGGCGACGGACAAAGAGCUGAAGAAGGCGGUAGAGAUCUUGGGAGGGGUCGUGCGCGACUUCUUCCAGAACCCCGAGUAGAUUGGGUAGACCUGUCGGACUGUGAUUCCCCUGGUAGUCCCCUUGGUUGUCGAUGGAUGUAGUUUUAUGAUUCUUGUUACGUUAUAUGCAAACACUCCUUAGUUUCC